AUGUCCACACGCUUUUCUUCCGCAUCCCGCCGGCUUGGCUCUUGCGGGGGACCCGGCUCUGUGAGGCUUUCCAGCGGGGGAGCGGGCUUUGGGGCUGGAAAUGUGUGCGGUGUGCCAGGCAUUGGAAGUGGCUUCUCUUGUUCCUUUGGGAGCAGUUCAUCUGCAGGAAGCUAUGGCGGGGGACUGGCUGGGGGAAGUGCUUCAUGUGCUGCCUUCACCGGGAAUGAGCACGGCCUUCUCUCUGGCAAUGAGAAAGUGACCAUGCAGAACCUCAAUGACCGACUGGCCUCCUACUUAGAGAAUGUUCGAGCACUAGAGGAGGCCAACGCUGACUUGGAGCAGAAGAUCAAGGGGUGGUAUGAGAAAUUUGGACCUGGUUCUUGCCGUGGUCUUGAUCAUGAUUAUAGCAGAUAUUUUCCAAUAAUCGAUGAUCUUCGGACCCAGAUAAUUUCUGCAACUACAAGCAAUGCCAAUGUUGUCCUACAAAACGAUAAUGCGAGACUAACGGCUGAUGACUUCAGACUGAAGUUUGAAAAUGAACUGGCCCUUCACCAGAGCGUGGACGCAGACAUCAAUGGUUUGCGCAGAGUCCUGGAUGAGCUGACCUUGUGCAGAACCGACCUGGAGAUCCAGCUGGAAACCCUGAGCGAGGAGCUGGCUUACCUCAAGAAGAAUCACGAGGAGGAGAUGAAGGCUCUGCAAUGCGCGGCUGGAGGCAACGUCAACGUGGAGAUGAACGCCGCGCCCGGGGUGGACCUCACGGUUCUGCUGAACAACAUGCGAUCAGAGUACGAGGCCCUUGCUGAGCAGAACCGCAGGGAUGCGGAGGCCUGGUUCAACGAAAAGAGCGCUUCGCUGCAACAACAGAUCUCUGAUGAUGCUGGCGCCACCACCUCAGCUCGAAACGAACUGACUGAGAUGAAACGUACACUUCAAACCCUGGAGAUCGAACUGCAGUCCCUUUUAGCCAUGAAACACUCCCUGGAGUGCUCCCUGACAGAGACCGAGGGCAACUACUGCACGCAGCUGGCCCAGAUCCAGGCUCAGAUCGGGGCCCUGGAGGAGCAGCUGCACCAGGUCAGAACUGAGACCGAGGGCCAGAAACUUGAGUACGAACAGCUUCUCGAUGCCAAGAUCCACCUGGAAAAGGAAAUUGAGACCUACUGCCACCUGAUAGAUGGAGAGAAUGACUCUUGUUCUAAAUCAAAAGGUUAUGGAGGACCAGGAAAUCAGAUAAAAGAUUCCUCUAAAACUGCCAUUGUUAAAACAGUUGUUGAAGAAAUUGAUCCCCGUGGCAAAGUUCUCUCAUCUAGAGUUCACACCGUGGAAGAGAAAUCCACCAAAGUCAACAAUAAGAGUGAGCAGAGGGUGCCUUCCUGAACUCCAGUCC